GGCCUUGAAAUAGCUGUGUGCAGACAUGGACUCUUGCUGCAAGGCUUGAAUCAUUACUGUGGUGAAAUAUAUGCCUACCCAAUGUUCCUGCAGAAGGAGCAUGCACAAGCUGCAAAUGCAACAUUCUUUUGCAUGGACAUUGCUUGCAGGUACUGGCCUUAUUUGGAAAAGAUGGCAGAGAAGUUGUCUGAGCUCCAGCCACUGACCAUGAUGAAGCCUUUUCUCUCUGUAAUGCAUGCCAAGGCUCACACUGGCAAAUGUGAGGUUAGGUGGGGCGGUAGAAGCCAGGAUGGUGCAGAAAAUACUGUUGGUGAAGAGGUGGAACAGGUCAAUAGCUUCCUUUUCAAGGGCAGCUCUUACUAAGUACAUGACCAAGUCAGGCAGAGGAGAUAUGAUAACUGUGCUUGCCAUGGGAACCAUAGGAAGGUGCAGAGUCUCCACAAGACACUGGCGAAAAGAUUUGUCAAAACUACACAGAGCAGAAAUGGAAGCAGCCAAUCUUGAGUCUCAAGCAGGAGUUAAACAUCUCUAUGGAGGAUGCAGAUCGACAGCAACCAAACAAGGCAACGCAAACGGAGGAGACUUGGUGAGCUCAAAGACACUUAGAGAGAAGAUAGUGCUGUACAACACCAUUCCUGGCUGUGAAGAGAACAUUGACACCGAAGCAGCAUGCAGUCUCUCUGAUGAUUUUAUUCUGCCUUGGGAAGCACAAGGAGAUGUGGCAAGUCUCCGCUUGAAGAGGCAAGUGUUUGACCCAAGUCAUGCUGGUCAGGCGCAUGGAGGAGGAGAAGAUAAUAAUUGUAAAGGAGAUGACUCAGCAUUAUCAACAUCUAAAAAAACAUUGGAGAAACUGGACAAUCUCCUUCAGGAGACUAAAGAGGACAUCAAGAUCCAUAAUCCGCCUACAGAGCUGACCGAAGAGGGCCACAGGGGGCUUUACUGCUGUAUCUUACACAAGCGGCACAUUCUGCAGCAAAAACUUGCAGCAGUCACCAGCACCUAUGGCAGUGUCAACACAGACCCUUCCUUCAUGCUGGAGGAACAUGUUGAAGAGGAGAGUGAGGGCAACAGCAGUCCAGAACUUUCUGAAGAAGAGUCUUAAAGUUUUAGCACAAACAUUGGAAGCAUUGGAUCUUCCCAAAAUCAGACUCUUGAGUUUUGAGUCUUGAAAUGAAAUAUUUUUCAGAUUAAUUAAUUAAAUAAUAAAUUAGUAAAAGUCAUGCUAACCCUGAGCUACUGUGUCUGUUGUUUUUUCUUACACCAACAUGUUCUAAUUCUGUGCAGAUUUGGAUAACAGAAGGCUCUACAUUAUCCAUGUGCCUCUGUCACCAUUGUUACAGAGGCACAGCUUGCUUGCUUGCCACAUGUAAA